GCGCCAGCCUGGGUCUACCUGAUGUGUGCGCUGGGCCUCUUCACCUACCAGUCCCUGGACGCCCUGGACGGGAAGCAAGCUCGGAGGACCAACUCCUGCUCGCACCUGGGGGAGCUGUUCGACCACAGCUGCGACUCUGUUGCCUCAGUGCUUUUGGCCCUGGGCGCCUCCCUGGCCGUGCGCCUGGGGACGCACCCCGACUGGCUGUUUUUCUGCUCCUUCUUCGGCAUGUUCCUGUUCUACUGUGCGCACUGGCAGACCUACGUGUCGGGCAUGCUGCGGUUUGGAAAGGUGGAUGUGACCGAGGUCCAGGUGGCCAUAGUGAUCGUCUUCAUCCUGUCCGCGUUCCGAGGAGCAGCCAUGUGGGACUACACGAUACCCAUUCUAGAAAUAAGACUGAAGAUCUUCACAGCCAUCGGAGUGGUCAGCGGAGCAAUGCUGUCCUGUUGCGGUUAUUUCCGUGUCAUCCUGCACGGCGGCGUUGGCAAGAACGGGUCCACGAUAGCAGGCACCAGUGUGCUAUCGCCUGGACUCCACAUAGGACUGAUUUUUAUCCUGGCAGUAAUAAUCUAUAAAAGGUCGGCCACACACCUGUUUGAAAAGCACCCGUGUCUUUACACCCUCAUGUUUGGGUGUGUCUUCACUAAAGUUGCACAGAAACUAGUGAUAGCUCACAUGACCAAAAGUGAACUGUAUCUUCAAGACACUGUCUUUAUCGGUCCAGGUCUUUUGUUUUUAGACCAGUACUUUAACAAUUUUGUAGAUGAAUAUGUUGUUCUGUGGAUAGCAAUGGUCAUUGCCUCACUUGACAUGCUGCUGUACUUCAGUGCUUUGUGCCUACAAAUCUCAAGACACCUGCACCUAAGUAUCUUCAAGAUUUCCUGUCACCAGGCGCCUGAACAGGUUCAAGUUCUGUCUCCAAAGAGUCAUCAGAGUAACAUGGACUGAAGAGACUUGCGAACACUUGCCAUCUCCUGCUGCUGCUGUUUCACGAAAGAGACAGUAAAAGUUUGUUUAAUUCUCAGUUAACUGUUAUACCUAUUUCAGCAAAUAAAAUCUUUCAGUGCUGACAUUAA